AUGAAGAGAGUUACCAAGCGCCGUCAAGGUUUUGUCAAAUAUUUACGCUCUCGAGACCCCUCGAACGUGCUGAUUGAAGCCUACGGUCAACUGACACGAGAGUUUGGAUUGCAAGGCAUCAAAUUCCAAUCGUCGUGUGUCAAGGCAAAGGACCAAUUAUGCUGGAUGUUCAAGGACCUGUGGACCAUCAACGUCAUCCUCUUUUGCCUCCAGAUGGAACUGAAGGAAGUGAAACCCGGGGAGUUUGCUCUUGUGGAACUCGUAGGACACUGUAAUUGUCACAAACUGUCGGGAAAGUGUAACAUAACGCAAGCCGUUAUAUUGCUGCAUCUAAUCCUGAAAAUGCACAAGUGUAUCAGGUACGUGCGCCUGUCGGCGUAUGCUUUAAAUAGUCCGUAUUACAAAGUCAUUUACGAGGGACUUUCGGCCAGCAUCGGUGUGAAGGAAUUUACAUGUACGGAAAGCGCAAUAACUAUGAAGAGCAUGCUGUUCAAGUCGCUGCAUGCUCUCGAGAAUCUUCGAAAGCUCGUUCUCGUCAACGCAAAUGUACCGUUUUCGAGCGUAAAUGACUUUAACAUCGCCCUGGCUUCUCUGCCGCUAGAACACGUCGAGUUUGCACUGAACGAUUUUGGCUCGUACGACGUGUUUCGAUACCUUGCCGAUAGGCCUAUGUACCUCAAACGACUCGUGUACAACAAUCCGAUCAACUCAGAUGUUCUCGGAAGCAUAUGCAAGAUACUCGAGAGUCCGAUCUGCGUCUUGGAGAACUUGCAGCUGGUAUUGUGCUUGCGCAAAUACCUAACCGACAUGAAACUAAUGUGUGCUCUGGCGAAAAACGCAACCUUGAAGAGUCUCCAACUCUCCGCCUUCGAGUUGACUACCGAAAUGACGCGGAUGAUCGCAGACGUCGUCGCGAGCAGCGAAAUCUUGGUCGACCUCGCGCUCAAUGUCUGCGGCUUGACGGACGAUUCGGCUCGGUACCUGGGGGACUGUCUGAGAAGCAAUCCGCGCCUUCAAGUAUUGAACGUCGAAAUGAACGAAAUCACCGCUGUGGGUUAUCGGUACAUCGUCGAAGCCUUAACCUCCAACGACAACUUGCGUCAGUUGAAGCUGUACGACGGCGAGAUAUUUCGUCAGUUGAUCGACUGUAUGGGCGUGACCGACACGUUUCAUCGCAUAGACGUGUAUGUCAUGCAAUUGAUAUCGCCCGGCCUGCAUGCGAUCGUGGAGUCGAAACUGCAAGACAUCGAGAGACUGUCCAUAGCGUGCCGUGAAUGUCACGACGGGGACUUUAUGAAUAUGUGCGCGUUGUUGGAAAGGUCGACGACGUUAAAGCGACUCUGCGUCAACCUGCCAUAUAUGGUGUCUAUGCGUGCGAUCCAUGGACUGGCGAGACUGAUCGCGCGCACAAAGAGCAUCGAUACUCUACAAUUCGACAGCAAUGUGGUGCAUCCCGACGUGGCCAAAGUCAUACUGAUUGCUCUUGCGCGCAACGAAAGCAUCACGCGGAUUGUGUGGAGCUAUGGCCUGAUCACCGAUGCGUCAAAGCGACAAUUAUUUCGAAUGUUGUCUAAAAAUCGUACCCUCGUGCACAUAGGAAUUAAGUUAGGUCUCACAGGCAAAAGCUAUCGAAAGAUGGCCCAAAAAAUUGGCCCCAACGUACUGACGUUGGAUUCGAUAGACGAUCAGUGCUGUUUCGAAGUGGCGGAGACGCUACGCCGCAACGCGUACCGAAUGAACAGGGCUAUGGGACUCUUGAUGCGUCCAAACCACACCGUGAUGGUGGAAGCAGCUAACGUGAAGGAACUGGAACCGCUUCUCUACACCACGGGGUUUGCUCAUCACUACGCCACCAUGAGAGACAUUUGUCCGCUACCGCUUUCCAAGUCCCUAAUCCGGUAUCGCCGAUAUGUGAGGGAUCACUUCUUUCGCCUGAUCCGUGUUAGCAACGACAUGGUGUUUGACGCUCGACCAUUCCUGAAUUACAAGUGUUGGGACCACGUGGCGUCAUACUUGCGACUCAGUGACGUGAUGAUUUAAGAGAAAGGAAUAAAAAUGACGUUUCUGGUUGCACAUGUGGUGAUUUUUUUUUUCGUCGGUAUUACGCGCUUCGAGAUCGCUAUGAAGCCGAGGUUUAACUCGGCUUCACCACCAUGGCCGACUCGAAGCAGAACGCGGCCUUGGAAGUAGUGAUAUGCGAACACUAAAACGACGCCACAUAAUCGGCCACCAUGUCACGCGCAACAAUAGAGUUUUUUCGUGGAUUGUUCCGAUAGUCCCGAUAUUGAUAUUUUGCAUACGCAAGGGAGGCGGAUUAUCGGGUAUCGUUAUCAGUGUCGUGGGCAGUAUCUACUAAAACUGUCUUAUCGAGUAUGUGGAAGACCUUGAACAUAGCCUCCUCUAUACGGAGAAAAAAAGCCUGGGACAUCGACGGCAGAGCCAUAUGGAGCGCGGUCGCAGAAAAAAAAAAAAGGAGAGGAGAAGCGCGCGAAGCGGCAAACAAUAGGGUAGAUGCGGCGCAGAGACGGCGAGUCCUCUCCGCGAUUCCAAAAAAAAACAAAAAAACAAUGGUUUCUGCGUUUGUCCGCACCUGUUCCCAGAGCGUUUGCAUUAACAUGUACUAGGGUCGAUAUAAGACUUAGUGUGAAGCAAAAAAUUGCGCUGCGCAAGUGUUUCCUCUUUCGAAAGACGUUCUUCCGCGCCCAUUCUUACGAGCGCGGUCGCAGAAAAAAAAAGGAGAGGAGAAGCGCGCGAAGCGGCAAACAAUAGGGUAGAUGCGGCGCAGAGACGGCGAGUCCUCUCCGCGAUUCCAAAAAGAAAAAAACAAUUGUUUCUGCGUUUGUCCGCACCUGUUCCCAUAGCGUUGACAUUAACAUGUACUAGGGUCGAUAUAAAACUUAGUGUGAAGCAAAAAAUUGCGCUGCGCAAGUUUUGUUACGCGUUGGAAACAAACUUUAUGCAUUUUUACUUUUUAAAGCGAAAGUUUCACGCCAGAGUUAGCUAACGCCUCCAGAAGGCUGCUUUACGGAAAAGGUAGACGGAUGCACCUGUUCCCAUAGCGUUGACAUUAACAUGUACUAGGGUCGAUAUAAGAUUUAGUGUGAAGCAAAAAAUUGCGCUGCGCUCGUGUUUGCCCUUUCGUACUUCCUUCUGGCGGCCACUGUUUUAAGCGACGUGCCAGAUCGCAGGAGGACGGCGAAGGGAAAGGGUUGACGUCCUCUCCGCGAUUCCAAAAAAAAAAGAAAAAACAAUUGUUUCUUCGUUUGUCCACUCGCUCUUGUGUGGCGCUAGCAAAGUUCCUCCGCUCCUCCUCUCCUACUGCCGGCGGCCACUUUUUUAAGCGACGUGCCAGAUGUUAUCAGUAUAGAGGAGUUUAUGCAUCGAAGGACGCUAUUUCGAGUGGAUUUUCUCGGAACACUUUAUUUAUCAAUGACGUCGGAAUAGAGAUAUUGCAAAUAAAGAAGGAGGUAUCGGAUAUUUAAGCGAUCGCCACUCGACACGACACACGACUACCCACAUCGCGACACGACUACUACUCACGCUGUCAAUUAGACAACGAUCAGGAGUUCCUCGCUAUCCUUCGGAUCCACCACUUCCAGUAGAGCUAUGGAGCUCGAUCAUCAGACUGUCAGCAGGUGG